CAGCAGUCAACCUAAACCAUGGUCCUCGGUCUCUCCGCCGCCUCGACUUCCUAUCUCUCCGGCUUCGGCGCCUUCUCACGGGCGAAGGAGUCCGCCGCUACCCGCCGCGCCGACGCCGCCGUGCCGGCCAAGCAGCUGAUGGUUGCGGCCUCGCCGGCGGAGGGCGAGAUCAUGGGCCAGGGCCCCUUUGGCCUCACGUACUUCCUGCAAGGCGCCCUCGCCGGCGGCAUCUGCUGCAGCCUCACCCACGGCGCGAUGACGCCCGUUGACGUCGUCAAGACUCGCAUCCAGCUCGACCCGGCGACGUACAACCAGGGCUUCAUCGGCGGCUUCCGCCAGAUCGCCGCGGCCGAGGGCGCCGGCGCGCUCCUCACCGGCCUCAUGCCGACGGCGCAGGGCUAUUUCAUCCAGGGCUGGUUCAAGUUCGGCGGCGUCGAGUUCUUCAAGGUCCAGCUCACCAAGACGCUCGGCGAGCAGUCUGCCUGGGACAACCGCAACUCCAUCUACCUCGCCGCCGCUGCCGGGGCAGAGUUCAUCGCCGACAUCUUCCUGUGCCCCUUCGAGGCCUGCCGCAUCCGCCUCGUCUCCGACCCGACCUACGCCUCCGGCAUGGCUGGCUGCGCCUCGCGCCUCGUCUCCGAGAACGGCGUCAUCGGAGGCUUCUACGCGGGCUUCCUCCCGAUCCUCUUCAAGCAGAUCCCGUACACGAUGGCCAAGUUCGCGGUGCAGGGCAAGGCGGCCGAGUCCAUCUACGCGGGCAUGGGCAGCGAGCCCUCGAAGAUGAGCAAGGGCGGAAACCUCUGCGUCUCGCUCGGCUCGGGCGUCAUCGCCGGCGUGGCCGCCGCCAUCAUCUCGCACCCGGCCGACUCGCUGCUCUCCAAAGUCAACAAGGCGGGCGCGGGCGGCUCGGGAGGGCUGAUGUCGCGCCUCACCAACAUCGCCGCCGAGGAGGGCUUCGUCGCCCUCGCCACCACCGGCCUCUUCGCGCGCUGCGUCAUGAUCGGCACUCUGACUGCCGGCCAGUUUGGCGUCUUCGACAUCGUCAUGGGCAUGGUCGGCGCGAAGAAGUUCCACUUCACCGACCCCAAGAACCCGCACUGAGGCUGAGGCCGGCGGCGGCGGCGCGGGCGAGUGUCCCGCCGCUGCACUGCCGUCGAGUGUGCGCGGCGAAUCCGCGUUUUGUCGCGCUGCGGGCCGCGGCUUUCGCGCUUAGGAGGCGAGGAUCACUACAUCUGUUGGCGAGUCCGCAUCGCGGCUCCGCACACUGGCGCAGUUCAUUCCCCCGGUAAGUGUGUCGGCGCGUGUACAGCUCUCAUAUCUCGGUUCUUGCGCGGCUCAUCAUGUAGCAGUUCGAACUCGGCGGCGGCGUGCUCGCUCUCUCACACGUGCGCUGCAUGUGCCGGGGGGUCGUCCCCGCAUUUGAUAAUCUAUUAGUAUUACUCUCGAUGCGG